AAGAAUUCGGCCAGCCCUCUCCGGCCACCAGCACCUCCCUUCCCCCGUGUGUGUGUCCUCUCCUCCUCCUGUGCCCCGGGCCUGCUCCUCCGAGCCGCCGCCGCUGCUGCCUCCUCCUCCUCCUGCCCGCGCGGGGCGGCCGGGCUCAGCCUGUGCAGCCUCGCCCUGCACUGAGUGCCCGUUAGUGUCUCACUAAGUAACCGUGAGUGAAACCUUCAUCAUCUCUCCUCACUGAGGGACCCGACCCUCCUCCUCACCGAGCCGCCCCCAGAGCGGCUGUGCGCGCCGCCGCCACCUCCUCCUCCUCCCUCCGCACCACGGGCAGCGGCAGUGUCCUGCCUUCUUCCACCUCCCUCCUCCUCCUCACCACACCACAGCCAGCACAAUGGCCUUUGAAAGCCUGUUCUCCAAACCCCCAAACCCAGUUCUUGACCCAAACAUGCCCGACUCUGACAGGCAACAUGCAGGGGACGAAAGGGAAGAUGGAGAGCUGGAAGAUGGUGAAAUAGAUGAUGCAGCGUAUGAAGAUGUGAAAGAACAUGGUUCAAAAGGUGAUGAUAAACAGAAAAAUGAAAAAGGACAUAGAAAAUCACGGAAGAAACGCAAAAAAGAAAAAGAAAAGAAAAAAUCAAAAAGGAGAAGACGGGAUAAGCAUAAGCAUAACUCCCCUUCCAGUGAUGAUAGUUCAGACUACAGCCAUGACUCUGACAUUGAGCGUACAGAAAGACCACACAAAAAGAGUAGCAGCUCUUCAUACAGAGAUUACGAUUCUUCGUUCAGUCAGCAUGGACACGUAUCAGGAAAUUACAUGAGUUCACAGAAAAUGCAACAUAAAAAAAAUGUAAAAAGUAAGGAGUAUGACGACUAUAGUCAUUACAGUGAUGAAAACUUUGGUAAUUAUAAUGAGGAAGAAAAGGAUGAAGAUUUUGCUGAUCAGCUUAAACAAUACAGGCAAGCUAAAGAGACCUCCAGUACUGAUUUAGGACCUCCAUUCCCGAAAGAACCAGUGAAAAAACAGGGGAUGAAGGGGAUCCAGAAAGGUAUUUCUCAAAGAGGUAAUAAUUACAAUGUUGGUCGAGGGCGUGGAAUGCAAAAGAAAUUGAAGCGUAAAGAUCGUGGAAGGGGAAGAGGGGGCAAUAAAGGAUCUGAUGGCUUUCAUGAGGACGGCAAACCAGUGAAGAAGUGGGUUAAUAUGAGUCAGGAGUUCAUAAAUCAGCACACAGUGGAACACAAAGGCAAACAAAUUUGUAAAUAUUUCCUUGAAGGGAGAUGUAUUAAGGGAGAGCAGUGUAAAUUUGAUCAUGAUGCAGAGAUUGAAAAGAAAAAGGAAAUCUGCAAGUUUUACAUACAGGGUUACUGCACCAAAGGAGAGAACUGCAUUUAUUUGCACAAUGAAUUCCCUUGCAAGUUCUACCACACAGGAGCGAAAUGCUAUCAAGGAGAUAAGUGCAAAUUUUCUCAUGCUCCCCUGACUGCAGAAACAAAAGAGCUGUUGGAUAAGGUUUUGAAUACUGAGGAGGAACCACAAAAUGAAGAUGAGAAAGAACUGGAGGAACUCAGAAAGCGUGGCAUAGUUCCUCUCCCUAAGCCACCACCAGGUGUUGGGCUUCUGCCAACCCCGCCAGAGCAAUAUCCGUUCUCUGAGUCCGAUAUAGAAAAUUAUCAAGAUCCUUCAGGAGAAUAUAAGAAAAUCCCGUCUCUCUUUGAAAUAGUUGUGAAGCCUACUGUGGAUUUAGCACACAAAAUUGGAAAAAAGCCACCGACCUUCUAUAACAGCGUAUCACCACCAAGACCACCGUUUCAGGGAAAUGACCCACAUUCUCAGCAUAUGUACAAUCCAGGUUCAAGUCCAGGGCCAGGACCCGGCAUGUCACAAGGACAUAACGGGCCUCCGAUGCACCCAGGCUCUCCUGGACAUCAUCCCUGCGCGGGGCCUCAAGGAAUGCCCCAGAGUCCUCCUAUGCAGGGUGUUCCACCAGGCUUUCUCGGACCACAGAACCAGACUGGUAUGCCUAUGCAAGGACAGCAGGGUGGUCCGCCUCUCACACCACCGGGUCUCGGGGGAUCUUACAAUGCCCCAGGAGUUCAAGGACAUAUGGUGAAUAUGCCGAGAGAGAAUCAUUGUCCUCCGGGGCCACAAUACCAGCAGAUUCCUGGUGAACGGCAGCCGAAUAUGAAUUACGAGCCGAUUCAGAACCCAGCUGAUUUCUAUGACAAUUACUAUUCUCAUCAAGCCGUACAUAACUUCCAGCCAGCUAACAACUCUGGUGAUGGAACAUGGCAUGGAGAAUUUACAGAUCACCAGGCUCACCUCAUGGCUCAAGAGUCCCAUCAAGGUGGAAGCGAGUCAGACUGCAUGAGUAGCCAUAUGGGCCAUAAACCAGCCAUUAAUGUACCGGAUUUUCUUCCAGCAAUGCAGAAGGCCCUUUAUGUAAGACUUAGUCAAAAGCAUCAAAGAGAUGGAGACUCUGUCAACAGCCAGGGUCAGAGGGCAAUGAGCAAAGACGAAGAUGACAAUGUCAACUGGUAUUCCAGUAGUGAAGAGGAAGAGGGGAGCAGUGUUAAAUCAAUACUAAAAACCUUAAAGAAGCAAAGCGAAAAUUUUAGGAAUCGCCAACAACAUUCCGCAGAGCAGCACAUGCUUGGUAUUCCUACUGAUCCGAGGCUGGCAAAAGAAAAAGGUGCAGGGCCUCAGGCUGCUGACCCGAGGCUUCGGGCCUCUCCAAGGUCCAACCCUAGAAAGCCUUCAGAGUCCGCAUCCUUGGACCCACGGCUCGUACGAGAUCCCAGGAUGCACAAGGUCAGCGAGGGUGGCCACGCCAGCUCGUCCCUUGGGGGAGCAAAGCUAGAUUUACACCAUGCACACGCUGGAGUUAAGGUCAAGCAGAAAGGGAUGGACGAUGACGAAGAGGACUCGGAAAGAGAGCUGAGGGAACGAGCUUUUCUGAUACCGUUGGAACCUUUGCCUGGUGUAACGUUAAGGGAUCCCCGAUCUCAGCUUAGGCAGUUCAGCCACAUUAAAAUGGAUGUUACCCUGAUGAAACCAAACUUUGCUAAGCAUAUUGUCUGGGCACCCGAAGACUUGCUCCCAAUACCUUUGCCUAAGCCUGACCCCGUCUCUUCAAUCAAUUUACCUCUUCCUCCUCUCAUUGCUGACCAGAGACUUAAUAAACUGCGGAAUUUGAAAAACGAUCCCCAUCCGAAUGCAAUGCCAGCUGACCCGCGGCUAGCUGCAAAGGCGAAAAACAACUUAACGGGCAGGAGCGGCUACUUGGAUCCCUCUGCAGAUUCGCAUGCCAGUAGCUCGAGCAAAUUAGGAGAUCCUCGCUUACAAAAAAACGUCGAUCCCAGACUCCACAGACUGUCGAGCGCAGACACGCAUCAUGGAGUCACGAAGGAUUCGCACCCUCCGAAGUUUGACCCUCGCCUGGCCAGAUCUGCUGCUGGCUCAUCGCAGCCCGCGGAAGCUGCGACCGCUAAACCUGACCCGGAUGGUCUGCCUCCGUACGCACCCAAAUUAUCAUCGAGUGGUGUUAGGCUGGGAACUCCAGGCUCGAUACUGAGCGGUAUUAGUUUGUAUGAUCCGAGAGAUCACAGCUCCUCGUCGGACACGGCUCCAGCUAGUUCCGGAGAGAACGGCGAGAACCAGAAAAAGAGUAUUUUGAAAAAUUCUGGUAAAAAUGAACCCAGUCUCUCAGAAGAUACAUCGCUGCCGAAGGCUGCCUCCAACGUGGAAAAAAAUACAGAAGGAUCAGCGGAAGCUACUUCAGAUAAAGCAAAUAGCACCAGUAAAUCUCAGGCUAAACACUCCAGCGCCGCACCCGCGGUGCAUAAUCUUCCCAUCCAAGCUUUAUCGGGAUUAAUCAGACCGCAGUACAGCGACCCGAGGCAGGUUAGACAGCCCGGACAGGUAACGCAGACGCAGGAUAGCGAUCCGAAUGGGGAAUCAGAUGAUAAGUCGUUAAAAGAUGUUUUCAAGACUUUCGAUCCAACUGCUUCACCGUUUUGUUAGCAAUUGAUUUUAAGUCUUUUUACUGUUGUGAAUAUUGCAGUUUUCUGCUGUUUUGUAACUGGUUUACCUCUUUGCUUUAUUUAUUUUUAAAUUAUAAUUAUCAACACUUUUCAGCUGCUAAUCUCAGAACCACAUGCAGUUAUACAGUAUGCUAUAGUGUUUGCAAAGCUGUGGUAUUUUCUAUAGAAUACUUUUCCAAUUUCAGGGAGACUAAUAAUUGACAUGUAGAAAAAAAA